CUGCAGUAUUUUUAAUAAUAUUUAACAUAUUUUUAAUAAUCUUUCUUGUUAUUUUAACCAUAGAUAUAGGAGAUUUUAACCUUGGAUUAAAUCUAAUCACAUUUUUAAUCCAUUUUCCGGGGGGUGAUUCAGGCACUGAUUACCAUUUUCAAAUCAAUCAUGGCGGACCAAAUAGAGGUAUUUUGUGCAUUUGUUAUUGAUUUUCUCGUUGUAAAGAAUGAAUUUAUGUACUGAUUUGACUCAUGUGAAUUGUUUACGGUAGGAACUAGACAUUGAAAGGGAAAUAAAGAAAUCACACAAAACUAAAAAGAAAAGUAAGCGCUAAAUUAGUCCCUAAGGAGUUGUGGACCAGGACGCGCACGUGGCUAAAAAACACCUAUCGGUACCUUUUAGGAACGCUAUUUUCAGAGGAAUUAUUGCAACAGAGAGAUGUUGUUUCGCACAUCUUCUGAAAGUUGUAUGUUCCCUGUGGGAUAGGUGCUUUUUUCGCACAGCUACGGCAAUUAGCUAUUUAGCCUAUUUGGUAUAGUGUAAAAGCAGCCCAAGACUGGUUUUCAUUGUUAGACAACAGUCGCCAAUUUCUGAUCUACAAUUGUCGGCAAGCAUAUUGCAGGCUUCAUAGUUCAUUAGUGAUCUUCGUCAUUUUCAUGAUUCCAUGAGAAUAUCAAGCGUGUAGAGCAGCUAGGACUGAGGUAAAAGGUCCAUGACUGUUGUUGACAACUUGCAAACAGUGUUUUUAUUUGUGUUAUUAUUGUAGAGUGUCGGCGACUACCGCCAACUGUCGCAACAAGAUAAUUUUUUUUAUUUGACACAACUUGUGACAGUCGCAGACAAAUUAUGAUAGGCAGUUUUCAUUUAUCCUAAGCCACCUGCGAUUUUCACAGAUGGUCAGAGAAUCGACAUCGGGAAAUGUUGCCUUUAACGUCGUGGAUAUACCAUUGUGGUACAGCUAUUAAUCCAACAGAACACAGUAUUAGGCAUGCAUACUGCACGCAAUAUUCAUGUUCUGGCCACCUGUUUGCAGAAUGCAGACCUAGGAAAAACUCUUACACAUACGCUUAAAAUUCUACCCUCGGAUUUGAUCCAGGCCAUAACACGCACACAGCAAGUGCCUUACCCACUCGACUACCGAGAAAUUGCUCGACAUCAACUGAAAUUUAUUUGGUAUCUUUCGAUCAGUAUGUUUAAAUGUGUCGACUACUACUGUAUGUACAUGACCAAAACACAUGAUCUCCCCCAAAUUUUGUUUCAGAGCUUAAAAGAAAGUCCUCUACUCCACAAAAUGAAGAGAAAGGAAGUGAGAAGAGUAAAAAGGAGAAGCUCUCAUCAGGGAAAGGUUCUUGUUGAUAACAAUGUAUAAGCAAGGCGUAAUACAAGCUAACUCAAACUCCCCACUAGCUUGAACUAACUCCAAUUUCCCCUGGAUUUGACAAAAAAAUUUUACAGUAAUUUAUUCCAGUUAACUCAAAUUUGCUGAACUCGAACUCUUCAUUAACUCAGACAAUUUCCUUUUCCCUUGGUCGAACUUACCUGGUUAACUCAAACUGUAUUUUUGAGACGUGGGUCGGCAAACCUCAAAAUGUCAGAACAUAGCACACUGACAAGUCGGAUAACUAUCUGUGCACGUACCUUGUUAGUCCCUACUUUGUUAUUUACUCUGUUUAACCCAUUAAGCUGCAGCGCUUCCCCAUUGACAAGUAAAAUCGUCUGGCGUAAGACAAGUAAAAAAAUAAGUAGGGCGCAUUGUAGGUCAAUGAGUUAACUAGAGACAUUGUCAGAUUUUUUGGUUAACCCAUUAAGCUGCAGAGCUUCCCCAUUGACAAGUAAAAUCAUCUGGCAUUAGACAAGUAAAAAAUAAGUAGGGCGCAUUGCAGCUCAAUGGGUUAAUGUCAGUCAUUUAACUUUGCAUCAGGACAAUGUUGGGAAUCGAGGAGUUAACAAGUUGUGUUAUUUUCUAUUUGAAAGGGCGUGAUUAUACAGUCAGCAUUGCUCUCCCUGGCUCAAUUCUUAGCAAUGCUCAGUCGUUAGAAUUAAGAACAUAUUUGGCUGGACAGGUAAUCAUGAUUCUUUCUGGCUAACCAGCCACCACUUGGCUCAUAUGAACAGCCCUAAUUUUUAUUGUAUUAAUGUUGUUAGAUAGCUCGUGCCUUGGUGGUUUUCAACAUUGAUGAAGUGAUUGUGUUCAGUGAGUCAUGUCAAAGUACAGCGAGCGUUGAUGCCACAUUCCGUGGAGCAGGGAGGAAAUCUGAUCCCAACAUACUGCUAGGAAGGAUUUUACAAUAUCUGGAGUGUCCUCAGUAUCUGAGAAAGUCAUUCUUCCCCAGACAUCCUGAUUUACAAUAUGCAGGUAUUCAGUUCUUGAGAACUGGAGCAUAAUUCAGAAAUGGCCUAUUGCAUAAUGUUGCACAAUGCUCUUUUAUCACAGGUCUACUCAAUCCACUGGACUGUCCUCACCAUAUGCGAGCAACAGACAGACUGCCAUUCAGAGAGGGAGUGGUUGUAAACAGACCAGUUAAGGAUGGUCAUGGCUCCUUAGUUAAUGUUGGACUACAGAAAGAAGUGUCCAUUGAUAAACGAUUGAAACCUGGCACAAGAGUCACUGUGAAAUUGACCUAUAAAGAUAAACAUGGUAUGCAUUUGUACAGUACAAGAAUGACAGUAGACAAGUAGCAAGCAAGAGUUUGCUGGUGACACAAUGAUGAGAGCUACAUACCAAAACCUGGUAUGCUUGUAAGCAUACUCAUAUAUAUACCAAAACCUGGAAUGCUCAUGAGCAUUAUAAAAUACAAAAGAACAGUAACUCCGAAUAACAUUUUGUUUUGAUUUAUUGAAUCUACGUUUUGACUAGAUUGUAGUCAUCUUCAGGAUUAGUGUAAGAUUACAAAUACAGCUAUAUAUAAAGAGAAGAAAGGCGGAGCUUAAUGUCAGUGAAAUAUGAUCAAUUCUUUAGAUGCUUUAGCGCCAUGGUUUAGUUCCGGGUUUCGCCUCCGUAUAGCAGGAGACUCUUUAUGCAAUAACAGAGACCAGUGAUCAGACUUGUCAAUUAUUUUACAGUUGUUGAAAAUUAAUUGAGUAAUAUUAGUGUUUAUAGGGCUAGAUGCGUCAUGAGCAUGUUCAUAUACAUGGCAAAAUCUCUGUUAUGCUCAUGAACAUAGCCUGAAUUUCAGACGGUCAUUCAAUAUCAUUUCUGAGCAUGCUCAUACUAGUUGACUGAGUGGAGCACAUAGCGAGAACUGUCAUCAUCUCUCGUGAAAAUUUGAAAAGUUGAUGACAGUUUUCUCAACUCCCCUGCCCCUCUCAAAUGAGAACAAGAGUUGCACGAGAGUUGACUGGAUAUUACCGUACGCGCAAUGAGGACUCUAGUUCAUAUAUUAAUAUUAUCACAAUGGGAUACGGGGCUAAAUCUAAGUUUUACAUUUUCUCUGUAGAUACCGAGGUAGACAAGGCAUGUGUAGUGCCACCCAGUCAACCGCGUACAGAAGAAGGUCUAUACUGGGGUUACACAGUUAGACUUGCUCAUACAUUCAGUGCCGUCUUCACUCAGUCUCCGCAUAAACAUGGAUAUGACGUCACUAUCGGUACAUCGGAAAGAGGAACGUCCGUCGAUGACAUUGCGUUACCGAAAUUUAGGUAGUGGUCGAAAUUACGUCAUUAUAAUAUCCUUAUAAUAAUAUAGCUGCCGACAUUUGCAUUUCUAAUAGCGCAAUGUGGAUACGAUCAAAUGCGCUCUGCAUCAAGCAUUACGCUUACCUAGUUACAUACUUACCCUAAGCUAUUUCAUCUCUACAACAAUUGUGAUAUUACUUUCUUAACUGUGUUUAUCCAUGGAUAAUAAAAUAAAUGGAUUGGAAACUUCUGACGUCAUUGACUGCAUCCUUGUUGAAAAACGUGACGUCACGCGUAUUGCGAAUGUUACCAAAGUUCUCGGCAUUUUUGUUGUUUUGCUAUAUUUUCCACUUUAAAGGGGUGAUCUUGAAGCGUAAACUGGUCUAAUUGUUUUAAAAACAUGCCUAAGCCACGACAAAGUAUUCAAGGUAAAUGUUUUUCGUCUUUGUUUUGUAUUUUUUUACAUUUGUAGCUACGAAAUUGGCGUCACAAAUUUUUGCGAAAUUUGCGAUGUAUUUUUCACUGUUUAGUGCUUGAAAUAUUUGGUAAAAUUGACUGGGAAUACUUAGAGUUUUCAUCGUAGAAUGGCGUGGUUACAUUUAUUUGCUCUUUGACUAAAAUGUUUAGCUGUAUUAUUGCUAAACAUGCCGUUUUUGAGAAUUUGGUUUUCAACUAGGUUGAGGCACCCAGCCACGCCAUCAAUCCCAGUAAAAACAUUAGGUCACGUCAGCUAGUUUCCUAUCCAUUUAUUUUAUUAUCCAUGGUUUAUCCUAACCCACCCUGUCAACUUUCCCUGUGGGAGGAACCGGAGCACCCGGAGAAAACCCAAAACUUUCGACAGAGCGUUGACAGACUCUUUUCACAUGAAUAUAUAUACUAAAACUGUCUGUACCAGUGUAGGUAGUACCAAUGUGAAAAUGCUGUGCUGAGUGGUUAUAUUACUACCUUAAAAAACAAGCAGAAACUCGACGUUUCGAGCGAAGGCCCUUCGUCAAGAGUUAGGGAACUGUUGACGAAGGGCCUUCGCUCGAAACGUCGAGUUUCUUUUCACAUGAGUCCGUAGCGAGAAUCGAACCCACGAUCUCAGAGGUGAAAGGCCCAAAGCCAUGAACCAGUGUGGAUUAUUUAACAAAUAUAAAACAUUUUCCGUGUUGAUAUACAGUUAUAUCAACACGAGUGGAAAUUGGGAAAACGAGAAAUUGUGUGGAAACACGACGCCCGAAGGGCGGAGUAUUUUCACCGAAUUUCGAGUUUUCCCAACUUCCACGAGUGUUGAUAUAACUAUAUAUCAAUACGGAAAAAAUGUUUUAUAUUUGUUUUAUAAUAUAGCAAUGUCAAAAACCCGAAGAAUAAGAAAAAUUUCCGUGUUAUUUAACAAGCGGCGGAAAAUUUCCCGUGUUGACAUGGAGUUAUAUCAACACGGCUCUUAGCCAAUCAGCGUUCAGAAUUUACAAAUGCUAUAUUAUAAAACAAUUUCGCUCACAGCGAAGCCAAGAAAAUGUUUUGUGUUCUUUUUAUCGUAUCCUUUUAGAACAGUACUUAAUUUACUAAUGAAAACUGUAUUUUUGUGCGUUUUUAUGUGUGUGGCCGAUUGCCGAACGUUUUAAUUCACACUGCAAUGAACUUUUUAUUAACUAUAUUUGCAGGCAUUUGUUGAUAGUAUUUGGUGGAUUACAAGGUCUUGAAGCAAGCUUGGAAUCAGACGAAUCUUUAAACGAAAUGGACCCAAGCUCAUUAUUUCAUAAUUACAUAAACACAUGUCCUGAUCAGGGCAGUAGGACUAUAAGAACUGAAGAGGCGUUGUUAAUUACAAUGGCCGCUCUAAGACCUCAUAUUAAACUAGCCAAUCAAGAAAGCUAACAGAUUCGAUUUGACCAAUCGGAUGUUAAAUUCAUGGAACCUAACAAAUUUUGGUAGAAUUGGAGAAACAUCUGAUGUACUGUGCAAUUGACUUUUUCAUCAAUAGUGACGCCAUCUUGAAUUGCAAUGCAUUGUGGUCAAACCAGGAUAAAAAGCCAAACCUCGCAUUCGCUUUGAUAAAGUUACAAAUCUGAAAAUUUGUCUGCCAUUUGUAAAAGUGAUAACGUUCAUUUUGGUCUAAGACUAAGUAUUUGAUUCAUAGAGUUUUAAAAGCGUUCAGUACCGUCAAUGGAUCACAAUGCAUUUGAUCAGAAUUUGAGAGACCUGUGUGUUGUGUGACUUUAUAUAUAUUGUAUAUCUAGAAGCGCUAUAUUUGGUCCAUAUAUUUUUAUAAAUUUCCCAAAUUAUCUUGAUUAUGCAUAAUGAUUAAUACUGCAUAACGAUUUUGUUUGAAAUGAAGUGCAACAUCUUCUAUACCAAGAACGAUAAGGAAAAUCUGUAAAAAGGUUUUGGAAUAUAUUGAAUCUCUCUUCCAAAUGAGAGAAACGUAAUCCCUAUAUUAUUAUGUUAUUGCGUCCAGCGAUGGUGGAACCCAGCCACCAAAUUCUCUUUCAAGUGCUUCAGCAACAGCAAGAGUUAAGUGAUCGUUAUUCCUUGCCGCUACAACCUGAAUUCCCAAUGGCAGACCAUUCGAGUCAAGGCCUAAGGGGACUUGUGUCACGGGUAAAUGAAGGGCAUUGAAGAUACCUGUAUAUAUAAAAUUAUUCGGCUUGAAUAUAGGCACGUUAUGACGCAACGCCGUAGACGGGUGCGAUGGAAAUAGUAAAACCCCAUCUUCGCCAAGGAUUUCCUCAAUUUCCACUCGUAAAUUUUCGCCAUUCCUUAGUGAAUUUUGCUCCAAGCUUUUGGGUAGAACGUUUUUAAGCGAUUCGAAAGCUGCAAGGCGAAUAGCUGGAAAGGUGUAGUCCGAUUGCCCCACGCACCAUUUCAAAACUUCCCAACACGACAAUAGCCCCGUUGCCCUGUUUGAAACACCAAAAAGCAUUUCCCCAAAACUAGGCCCACCCAUCACAGACAUUUUCGUGAGCCAGAUGAAAAUUGCAUGUUUUAUAAGUGGAAGUUCAAGCUUUGUAACUGAUGCUCCAAUUUUUUUUCCAAAAAACUGACAAACUUUUUCCUGGGCUUUGAGUAAUUCUGGAGAAACUUUGGAGGCCAAUAAACCACAGUUAUCGAUACUGUAAAACUUUAGUUUGUCGAUGUCGACAUUGCUUUCUAGACGUUUUUUGAAGUCGGCGUCGGAAGACAUAACCUAUGAAAUG